UUCCUCCUUCCUUUCCGCCCGUACCUUGUGUUGAACGAGUGUCUGGAAUUAUUCCUUGCUCAAUUUCUUCUCUUAAUCCCACAACAUGAAGAUCUUCAAGGAUGUUUUCUGCGGUGAUGAGCUGUUCUCUGACACCUACAAGAUGAAGCUGGUCGAUGACUGCAUGUGGGAGGUCUACGGCAAGCACGAGACCCGAGUUGAGGGAGAGAUUCAGCUUGCUGGAUCCAACGCAUCUGCCGAGGAGGCUGAUGAAGGAUGUGAUUCUAGCGCAGUAUCUGGCGUUGAUAUCAUUCUUAACCAUAGAUUGGUAGAAACCGGAUUCGGAAGCAAGAAGGAUUACACCGUCUACCUGAAGGAUUACAUGAAGAAGGUGAUUAAGCACCUCGAGGACAACAACAGGGGUGAGGAGGUUGAGACCUUCAAGAACAAUAUUAACAAAGUGAUGAAGGAACUUCUAGGAAAAUUCAAGGAUCUCCAAUUCUACACCGGAGAGUCCAUGGACGCCGAGGCCAUGAUCUGCAUCCUGGACUACAAGGAGAUUGACGGGGUUGAAACUCCCUGCCUCAUGGCCUUCAAGCAUGGCCUGGAGGAGGAGAAGUGUUAAACCUACAAAGGACUCGCGAAGCUUGACAAGAAACAUCUACCAGACAAUAUUCGUGUAUCACGGGCUAUUUUCAAAUAAAACCUUUAAUAUAUUUUUAAUAUUUUA